CAUCUUCUUCUUUGUGGGUUUGCAUUUGGUGUUUUCUUUUUCAAAAUUUUCAAUCAUUGGCGAAAACCCAAACAAGCAACGAUUAUUAGACACACACCCCAGAAUCAAUCUCCACCGUCCAUCAACAAUUUCUCAUGACUCCUCCUCCGAUCCCAACGUAACAUGUCUUCUCCGGCGCCGCCGUUAUAUCCCGCCCUCUCCGCCGCCGCACCUCCACCGUACCACGAUCUCACCUCUCGUAUUCGCGCCGAUUAUCUCUUCUCCCCUUUCGAUUCUUCGAAUUUAACGGUUAAACGCGAUGGAAGCUUUCAAUAGCGACAAGAACAACGCCGCCGCUAGUAGCAGCGAUGGUUUCUCGAUUCCGAACGCGCCUCCGUCGGCGUUCACGUUCACGACCUCUUCAGCUUCGGGCCUUUCGAGACCGCGAUUGGUGAAGCUUCGUAAGCACAACAAUGCCCCUGCUUUCACUCCAUUUCGCGACUCUACGGCUCCGGUUACGGCGGCGCCGGCACCGUUUUCCUCCCCUAGAUAUGGCUCAUUUUCCUUUGGAGGUAACAGCAACAAGAGCGGCGAUUUUGGCGCGGGUGUCGAUAAAGGGAUCAGUGAUCAAUUGAGGAGUCUUAGUAUUGGGAAUGCGGCGAAGAAAGUUGAGGGCUUCGAGAAGGUUGGUUGUUCUUCGCUUUUUGUCGAUGAUGAUUUUGUUUUGAAAGAGAUGAGCAAGUUGAAUAUUGAUACGAACAGAAGUUUUGUUGAGUCGGAGCUGCAAAAUGAGCUGAAGGAGAAAUUGAGCACUGGAGAGGCGCAUAAGAGUGGUGAUUCUGUUGCUGAGAAUUCGGCUAAUGCGGUUAUUAACCAGAUGAAGAAUCUGAAUAUGAUAGAAGAAUCUCAAGUUGAUGGAAUGAAAUUUGGGAAAGGAACAGGGACAGAAGCGAUUCUAUUGAGGGAGAUGGAGCAUUUGAAACUUGUGAAUGAGAGCAAGGACUCUCAUGAAUCGCAUUCUCACAAUCCUUUUCAAAAACCAGUGGAAGAAACUAGAGUGUCUUCAUCAGCACCAUCUCCUAUAUUUGGUGGCUUGAAUUUUCAGCCUCAGCCUGUUGGAGGUGCCUUUGAAGCUACCAAGAGAGAUGAAUUUGAGUUUGUCUUCACGGGGAAACAAGAUGCUUCAGGGUUGUCUUCGGUUGAGUUUAAAGCGCCUGCGACGAUGCCAAAGACUAAUCUUUUUGGAGGUGUUGAUGAGAAAUUGAAGUCUAAUGCAAAGAAGGGAAAAGGUGGGAACAUCAAAGUGAAUAAAAGUAGAGCGAAAUUGAAUCAGUAUGCCUCCCCAACCCAGCCAUGGAGUGGUCAAGGUUUUGUUCUGAAGGACAAUGUUCCCCAAGAGAACUCUCAGGGUUCUCCAAAUGCUUAUUCACCAAUGGAUGUGUCUCCAUAUCAGGAAAAACUGGUUGAAAACCAAUGCUUAAGUGAAAAUUCUGUGGCAUCCAACAGCGAGUCAUUUAGUAUUGAUAGCAACUCUAUGGUUAAUGAUUCAGAACAAACAACAUUGGUUGAUCCUAUAGAUGAAGAUCUAAUUGCAGCUACUGAGUGCUUGAAUAUUUAUGGGAGAGAGGUUCCAUGCAGGGAAACAAAGGAAGGGAACUCUGAGCAUCCUAUGCAUGAAACUAAUAGUGUUGAACACAAACGGAAUGACUCUAUUUCAGAGUUUGAAACUGAAAGCUUUAAGUCUGCUAUCGAUGAACUGAGCGUAAGUGUUGCAUCUUGUACAUCAGCAGAAACUGAAGCCGACGAUAGUAAUAUAAUGUUGCAUCAAAGUCCCGUUUCCAGUCCAAGAAAUAUAAGUGGAUCCGGCUUCACAUUUGCUGCUGCUCCAUCAGCUGAAGUUCAAUCAUUGAGCCCAAAACGGCAUUACAAAAAGAAAUCUUGGCUAAAUUUCGGCCAUGAUACUUACAACUACACUUCAAACAUAAAGGUCCCUUAUUCAUCAUCAUCCGUGGCAUUUUCUCCCCUUUCUACAACUUCAUCUCUUUUCACAUCAGGCCCUGGUCCAAAUGCCAAAGUAUCUUUGCCUCAACCCAAAACAAGGGAUUCUGAGUUGAAUAAGGAGCAGGGGCUGAAGGAGACUUCUUCUGUUUCUGCUGCAGCCAUUGCUUCUCAGGAAGCCUGUGAAAAGUGGCGGCUCAGAGGAAACCAAGCCUAUAAAAAUGGAGACCUGGGUAUGGCUGAGAACUUUUACAAAGAAGGAAUUAGUUGUAUUCCUAAAGAAGCAGCACCUCGGGGCUGUCUUAGGGCUUUGGUGCUAUGUUAUAGCAACCUUGCUGCCACGCAUAUGUCUCUUGGUAGGAUGAGGGAUGCACUAGAAGAUUGUAUGACGGCUGCCAACAUAGAUCCAAAUUUCCUCAAGGUGCAACUUAGAGCUGCAAAUUGUUACCUUGCCCUCGGGGAAGUUGAAGAUGCAUCACAAUACUUCAAAAAGUGCUUGCAAUCUGGAAUUGAUGUUUGCGUAGAUAGAAAAAUUGCUGUGGAAGCCUCCGAAGGCUUACAAAAGGCACAGAAAGUGUCAGAUUUGAUCAAUCAUUCUGCUGAGCUUUUACAAAGAAGAACAUCCUCCGACGCAGAGGGUGCACUGGAGCACAUUAAUGAUGCACUGAUGAUAAGUUCACACUCUGAAAAAUUGCUUGAAAUGAAAGCAGAGGCUCUUUCAAUGCUGUGUAGAUAUGAGGAGGUGAUUCAGCUGUGUGACGAGACCCUUGUUUCUGCCGAGAAGAAUUCUUAUCCAUUUGAUGGCAGUACCCAAGUCGCAUAUAUGGAUAAUGAAGAACGCUCAACAAGAUUGUACUUCAGAUUAUGGCGGUGCUCAAUGGUGGUUAAAGCCUACUUUUACCUAGGAAAGCUUGAAGAAGGUCUUUCUUUCCUGGAGAAACAAGAGGAAAAGUUAUCUGCCAUAAACAAGAGUGGAGGCAAGGUUUUGGAACCACUCAUACCACUAGUUGUAACUAUACAAGAACUUUUGCGUCACAAGGUAGCAGGGAAUGAAGCAUUUCAGGCCGGAAAGCACACAGAAGCUGUUGAGCAUUAUACAUCUGCUUUAUCUUGCAAUGUGGAGUCUCGUCCAUUUGCAGCUGUCUGUUACUGUAACCGUGCUGCUGCAUAUAAAGCAUUAGGUCAAAUAACUGAUGCUAUUGCAGAUUGCAGUCUAGCUAUAGCACUCGAUGGAAAUUAUAUGAAAGAUAUGUCUUCAUUACUCAUGCAGGCACUUUCUAGGCGUGCAACACUAUAUGAAAUUAUAAGGGAUUAUGAUCAAGCAGCAAGUGAUCUUAGGAGACUUGUCUCCCUCCUUAGUAAGGAAGUGGACGAUAGUACCAAUCAACCUGGGUUAUCUGAUCGGUCAACUAGUUAUACUAAUGAAUUGAAACAAAAUCGUAUUCGGCUUUAUGAAAUAGAGGAGGAAGCCAGAAAGGAGAUCCCUCUUGAUAUGUACCUCAUUUUGGGAGUUGAGCCAUCUGCUUCAUCAUCUGAAAUCAAGAAGGCCUAUCGGAAAGCGGCACUUAGACAUCAUCCAGACAAAGCUGGUCAAUCUUUGAGAGAUGAUGGGAUAUGGAAGGACAUUGCUGAAGAAGUACACAGAGAUGCAGAUAGGCUUUUCAAAAUAAUUGGCGAGGCGUAUGCUGUCCUAUCAGACUCUGCCAAGCGGGCACGAUAUGAUGCGGAAGAAGAAAUGAGAAAUGCCCAAAAGAAACGCCAUGGACCUAUGCCUAGACCUAGUGCGGAUGCCCAGUAUUAUCCAUUUGAACAAAGUGGCAGGAGAUCAUGGAGAGAGGGUCGGAGAUCAUACGGUAAUUCUGUUCCUCAGUUUUGAACCUGGCCAACAAAGUAGGAAAUAAGAAAAAACCGUGAAAUUUAAUCUGGCUAGGAUCAGGAUUACAGUUUGACUUCACUGAUGUUGGGCCAAGUAAGGUGAUCUCUUUAUCUGCUGCACUUGCAUGUGCAUUUUGAGAAACUCAGUGAUGCAUUCAUUCAGUUGCUAUGCUGCUUGAGUCUGGAGUUUCAAGAGAGGUCCAACAGGCACCUAAAUUGGCGAAUUAAACACGAGAUCGGAAAAGUUUUGCUGGCCAAUGUUUCCGGUUGCUUUGGGAGAACUUUUCUCUGACAAGAGAAGAAGAUGUGAUUUCAUUCUAAGAGCAUUUGUUUAUAUAUAUUUUUUUUUUUAUGGCUGACCAUUACUUAGAGGUAGGUUUCGGUAAUUAAGCUUGGCCAAGAUUGAAAUUUUGCUUUUAUGAUUGAGGUCUGAUUUUUUUGUUGGUUUUGCAGAUGUAAAUUUUAUAGACACACUUGUCAGAAAGUCUAUACUGAGAUGUACAGAUGAAAUCAGAUUGUAAUA